AUGAAACUCCUCAGUUAUAUUUUCAUUUACCGUCGGUUUCUUCUAAUAGUGUUCACCCUGUUGAUUUUACUGCCCCUGCCUAUUUCUCUCCGUACCAAGGAAGCAGAAUGUGCCUACACACUCUUUGUUGUUGCUGUCCUUUGGCUCACAGAAGCUUUGCCUCUGUCGGUGACAGCUCUUCUGCCUGCUUUAAUGUUCCCCCUGUUUGGGAUCAUGCCUUCUAAACAGGUGGCAUUUGCUUAUUUCAAAGAUUUUCAUCUGUUGCUAAUUGGAGUCAUCUGUUUAGCAACAUCAAUAGAAAAAUGGAAUUUACACAAGAGGAUUGCUCUGAGAAUGGUGAUGAUGGUGGGUGUGAACCCGGCUUGGCUGACGUUGGGGCUCAUGAGCAGUACUGCCUUCUUGUCCAUGUGGCUUAGCAACACCUCUACUGCUGCCAUGGUGAUGCCCAUCGUGGAGGCCGUGGCACAGCAGAUCAUUAGUGCUGAAGCAGAGGUCGAGGCCACUCGGAUGACUUAUUGCAGUGGAGCUACCAACCGUGGACUGGAAAUUGAUGAAAGUGUUAAUGGACAUGAAUUAAAUGAGAUGAAAGAGAAAACAAAAUCAAUUCCAAGCUACUGUGAUGAUGCAGGGAAAAUUUCAAGCAAGAUCGAACUGGAAAAGAUUUCAGUUACAGGAACCAAGUAUCGAACAAAGAGGGAUCACAUGAUGUGUAAACUUAUGUGUCUGUGUGUUGCUUACUCUUCUACCAUCGGUGGACUGACCACGAUCACCGGCACCUCCACCAACUUGAUCUUUGCUGAGCAUUUCAAUACGCGCUAUCCUGAUUGUCAUUGCAUCAACUUUGGAUCAUGGUUUAUGCUUUCCUUCCCAGCUGCUCUUAUUAUUCUCCUUUUAUCCUGGAUCUGGCUUCAGUGGCUUUUCCUAGGAUUCGAUUUGAAGGAGAUGUUCAAAUGUGGCAAAACCAAAACAGUCAAAGAAAAAGCUUGUGCUGAAGUGAUUAAACAAGAAUAUAAAAAACUGGGGCCAAUAAGGUAUCAAGAAAUUGUGACCCUGGUGCUCUUCAUUGUAAUGGCCCUGUUGUGGUUUAGCCGAAAUCCUGGGUUUACUACUGGUUGGUCUGCACUUUUUUCAGAGUAUCCAAGUUUUGUUACAGAUUCAACAGUUGCCUUAGUUGUAGGACUCCUAUUCUUUCUUAUCCCAGCUAAGAGAUUGACUAAAACUACACCCACAGGAGAAAUUGUUGCUUUUGAUCACUCGCCACUGAUUACUUGGAAAGAAUUCCAGUCAUUCAUGCCCUGGGAUAUAGCCAUUCUUGUUGGUGGAGGGUUUGCCCUGGCAGAUGGCUGUGAGGUGUCAGGACUCUCUAAGUGGAUAGCAAAUAAAUUAUCUCCUCUAAAUUCAUUACCAGUAUGGCUAAUAAUUCUGAUAUCUUCUUUGAUCGUCACAUCUUUAACAGAGGUAGCCAGCAACCCAGCUACCAUUACUCUCGUUCUCCCAAUAUUAUCUCCAUUGGCAGAAGCCAUUCAAGUGAAUCCUCUUUAUAUUUUGAUACCUUCUACUCUGUGUACUUCAUUUGCAUUCCUUCUACCAGUAGCAAAUCCACCCAAUGCUAUUGUAUUUUCAUAUGGCCAUCUCAAAACCAUUGACAUGGUUAAAGCUGGACUUGGUGUGAACAUCUUGGGUGUUGCCGUGGUGAUGCUUGGCAUGUUCACCUGGAUUGUGCCCUUGUUUGACCUCUAUACUUAUCCUGCUUGGGCUCCUGCUCUGAGUAAUGCAACAAUGCCACAACCAACAGGAAUGUUCGGAUAA